GCAAUAGUAGAAGAAGAACAGAGUGAUGGAUUGGGUCACGCGCUUUCUCCGCUCUUUCACUGAGAGAAACUUGUAAAGUUCUGCGUGUUCUGGAUGUAAACAUGUUCUGCGUGUUUUGGAGGAGAAGCGGCGCGCACAGAGGCGCGUGCACGAGACACGCCGCCGCGCGCAGAGGCGUGUGCACGAGACAGCCCGAGGUGCGCGUGAGAUUCGCUCCCAGUCCCACAGGGUUUCUUCACCUCGGGGGUCUCCGCACGGCUCUGUAUAAUUACCUGUUCGCGAAGCAGCGGCGCGGCACAUUCAUCCUGCGGCUCGAGGACACGGAUCGCGAUCGCCUGGUGCCCGGAGCUGCGGACGCCAUCGAGGACAUGUUGGAGUGGGCAGGAAUCCCUCCAGAUGAGAGCAGUCGCAGAGGAGGGCAUUAUGGGCCGUAUGUUCAGUCUGAGCGGCUCCAUCUCUACUCACAGGCCGCAUCAUCACUGCUGCACACAGGCCACGCCUACUACUGUUUCUGCACCCAUCAGAGGCUGGAGCUGCUGAAGAGGGAGGCGCAGCGCAGCGGACACGCACCGCGGUAUGAUAACCGCUGUCGACACCUGACUCAGGAUCAGGUUCAGCAGAAGCUAGCGUCUGGUGUUCCCCCUGUGGUCCGCUUCCGGCUGGCCUCCGGCGCGGACCCGUUCCAGGACCUGGUGUUCGGCUGGACCUGUCACGAGGUGGCGUCGGUGGAGGGAGACCCGGUGAUCCUGAAGGCCGACGGGUUUCCCACGUACCACCUGGCCAGUGUGGUGGACGACCAUCACAUGCGCAUCAGUCACGUGCUGCGUGGCUCCGAGUGGCUGAUCUCCAGCGCUAAACACCUGCAGCUGUUCCGCGCGCUAUCCUGGAGCCCGCCGGCGUACGCUCACCUGCCGCUGAUGCUCAACGCCGACGGCAGCAAACUCUCCAAACGCCACGGACACACACUCAUCCAGAGCCUCCGUGAGCGGGGCGUGCUGCCCGAGAGCCUGCUGGACCUCGUCACACACGCCGGCUCAGGCUUCAGCAGUAAUCGGAUCGGUCGACGUCUAGAUGAAUUAAUCCAAGAGUUUAACAUUUCGAAGAUCACGACGCACUCGGCUCUGCUGGAUCUGGACAAACUCAACGAGUUCAACAGGGUUCAUCUGCAGCGCCGGAUCGAGGAUCAGCAUGAGUGUGUGGAGCUGCAGGACGAGCUGAGACAGCGACUGCUUCACACACACGGCUCUGACAUCAGCGACCACACCGUUCUGGAGCCGCACUACAUACAGCGAGUCCUGCAGCUGCGCAAGGGCCACAUCUGCUCUCUGCGGGAGCUGCUGGAUCAGGCGCACUCGUACCUGUGGGUCCGUCCUCGAGUCUCGCUGCAGACGCUGAAGAUCGAGAGCGCGGAGGCGGCCGACAUCGCAGCGGCCGUCAUACGGCUGGUUGGAGCCGAUGGCUUGUUCUCAUCCACUGAGAGACUGAACCGUGAGCUGAAGCUGAUGGCCAGCGGACUGAACACCAAAUACAGCAGUGUGAUGAGGGUGCUGAGACUGGCCCUGAGCGCACAGCAGGUACACACACACACACACACACACACACACACACACACACUACAGCACACUACUGAACACCAAAUACAGCAGUGUGAUGAGGGUGCUGAGACUGGCGCUGAGCGCACAGCAGAAGGGUCCCAGUGUGGCGGAGAUGAUGCUCGCUCUGGGUGAGCGGGAGGUGUGUGUUCGUCUUCAGAAGGCUCUGGAACUCUGACUGGAAGCGAGUUCGGCUGUGUGGAAUAAAGCGGAUGUAAAUACUGA